UUGUUGUUGCGAAAACAUAUGUAGACUAUUUAUCGAUUAAUAUUCGUUAUAUAUUUUAUCAUUAUAUGGUAUCUAAUUAUAUUGCCUUAUGUACAUGUAGCUCUUUGGUUACGAAUUCCAUGUGUACUAUUCUUUUUAUUUUUUACAGUUUGAACUCAUUUCAAAUGCUUCAAAUAUUUAUACAUGUAAUCUGGAUAUUAAUCCAAUAUUUUUAAAGUUUAGAUACUUUGGUUAUUCUUCAAUCGGGUUCGAGAGUUAAUCAACUCAAACAUUAGAUUGACGUUGACUCUUCCUAGAAACAGAAAAACAAUUGAUAUUCGAGAGAAAGAUUUAAAAAUAAUGCGAAAAAUUGACAUGAUGCUCUUAAGUUUAUCCUGGAAAUCAUAUUCUGUGAAAGAGUAGAAAUACGGAAAUGGGGAAACUAUUGAAAUUACUCUCUCCAACGUGCUAAAGCAGCAUCGAGAUACUUCAGACAGAAAAAUGGCUCUCUUUAAAGAUCAGUCAGACAGAGUAAAAACACCAGCCUUGUUUCCAUGUGCAGCAAAGGUCAAAGUUCCUCAGCUGGGGUCAGAGGAAACAGACUUUGAACUAAAACUAAUUGCAAACAAACCAGCUCCAACUUCAGUUAUCUUUAAGUCAUUCCAAGCUCCUGAACCAGUCCAAAAAGGCUACCUAAAGAGAAUCAGUGCUGAUUUACGCUUCAGUGAAGAUGUUGUGCAGGAUCGUUGUUUUCACAUGGUGCCAUAUGACAAAAAAUACUUGUACCAGGCUCUUAAUCCAUAUGACAUCGUGUCUCCCCAUCCCCAUGCCAGGAUCCCCCCAGGUCGCCACGAUGCCAGGGGCAUGGACCAACGUCACAUGCCAUGUCAUCUGACCAAGUCAUACAAACCGCAACUCAAACCUCUGAAGAGGAAGAUAAUGGAGCGUGCCAAAGAAAUGCACAAAGCUAUAAUGUCACAGUCCUUAGAUACACAGACAGAGACCUCAUCAGAGGAUAGCUUCUUCAUGACAGAAGUUAGUGAACAGAAACCAGAUAGUGCCCCACCUAAAACUGAGGAUGUGAAAAAACCAGUGUCAAAGGAGAAGAAACCAGUGAAGGAGGUGUCUAAGAAAAGAUUGCCGGGAAAAACUGCAUCAAAUCAGAGCACUCUGGACUCUGAAAGAGAAUCACAAGAGGCCUGGGUGAAAUUCUGUCAAGAGAAUUACGACUGGGAUGCUUACACUCUGUCAAAGGUCAGCUCCCACAUGGCAAAGUGGGUUGUGCUGGAGAAGAUGCCUGAGGGAGCAGACAGGGACCGGUUGAAGAAACUGUUGGAGGCAUGGUACGGGAAACAGGAUUCCUCUGAUCUGUUACUAGAGUCCUUGGGAGAGCUGAAGAAAGAUGAACCACCAGCUGAUGUCAAGGAAAAGAAUGACAAAAAGCCAAAGAAAAAAUGGCAGAAACAGGAAUCUACUAUACUUGCCCGAGUGUAUGAGAUGGAUUUGCACGAAGAGACAAUCACAGAGCCUCAUGCCCAUGACCCAUACUCAGAUGACUCGAAGGCCCCAUUUUACAGGAAACCAGUUGGUCUGAGGCGAGCCAUCAAGCAUGCGGAAAAGGAAGAGGAAGUGAGCAAGAGUGCAGGUGCCAUCAAUGCCACUGCUGACAUUACUAUUGACAAUAUCUACGAGCCCCCUGCCCCGCCCACCAUUCGUGACUUCAUCAAUCCGGCAGUGGGCGACAAAUUCUACAACACUCACAAUCAGUUUCAACAGGAGAAGUUGACAGGAGCGGACCAGAUUCAUUUACAGGACUCGGACAAGAUCCUGCUGAACUCUAACAGCAAAUACCAGAAAAAACUGCAGUCCCAGCAUCCACAGAACCCAGAGACGUGGUUCACCGAGCAGGAAGCCAAACCUCCUCACGAGAUGAAGGAGACCCCACGCAUCAGGAAGGUGGAGAGAGGGUCUCGUCGAUGGAAAGAACUCCCACAGCCUGCUGAUGAGUCAGCUGAGUUCAAUAUGAUUCCUCCAGGAUUUGAUCCGGAGUUUCACAGAUCUCCUGACCCUACAACACGGAGACUGACCAAACAGAAUGCUGCAUUACUCCAAGUCAUUGAUGAAUGGAGACAGAAAUGGCACCUGAGUGGUCAGUUGGAGGACAGCAAGCCUGAUGAUCUCAUCAAAGAUAUGGCUGACAUUCAGAGCCAUGUCAGGCUGAAGGCCAUAGCAACCAUCGCCAAGGUAGCAGAGUACCGCGCCCCUGUUCCGGAGACCUCUUUGUUUGGUGAUGUCCCCUCACUUAACACUGUACAAGAGCUGCCAAAAAAAAUAUUUGUUGCCAUGGAGUGCUUGUUGGAUGACAAGGUGGACCGUGUGAAGUUAGCUGCUGCCAUUACUCUGUAUUCACUGAACAGGCCUAGUGAAAAGGCCAGACAGUGUCUGCAGCAGGCUAUACAGAGCGAGAACAGUGUGGACAGGUGGGCUGCUGCCCAAUGUUUGGCCCAUGAUGGUGUGUGUAACUCACUAGUCGUGGGCGAAAUCGUUGGUCAAUUGCUGGAGACAGAGGAUACAAUCAAACAUGAGAAGGCCAUCUACCUCCUGGGAAAACUCAGCAUCUUCUCACCUUUAGUUCACUGUAUGGUGGCAGAGCAGCUCAACAGCAGCAGCUGGAGACACAAAGUUAUUGCCUGUAAAAUACUACCAACUCUUCACGGAACCAUCAACAAGGAUGUAACUAACAAGCUGAUGGACCUGAUGUGGAAUGACUGGCAUGAAGAUGUCCGUAAAAGUGCGGCCCAAUGUCUGGGUAAAUCUAGUCAUGGCAGGGAAGUGCAUGAUGAUCUGAGGGAAAGAAUUGUUAAAGGCAAUGAAGCUACCAGGCUCGAGGCCAUCAGUAAAAUUGGACAACUAGGUAUUAUGACUGCCAAGUUACUGCCUGUGUUCUUGAAGUGUUUUGAGGAUGAAUACAUUUCUGUGAGAUCUGAAGUGUGCAUUACAUGUGGAAACCUGGAGAUCAAAGAGGAACAAAUUGUAGAGAAAUUGAUCCACCUAGCUACUUUUGAUCCGAUCUGGAAAGUGAAGGCUCUGGCUAUUCAAGCUAUGGGUAAGAUAGGCGUGGUCAAUGAGGAGAUCACAGAGACUCUGUUGUGGGCGGUGAGGUAUGAGGAGAAAGCUGGGGUAAGGGCUGAGGCAUGCCACACCCUGAUGAUGCUGAAACUGAAAACGGAGGAGGUGGCAGAGGUGUUACAGGAGAGGUUCCUGGUGGAGUCCAGCAAUGUAGUUAGAGAGGAGAUUGCCAGUACGUUAGAGAUGUUUGGAAUCAGUGCUACUGAGGACAUGGACAUGGUGGCCCAAAUCAAGAAUGAAGUCCGUAAACUCUGCACCAAAGGCAACAUUGCUACUCAGAUUUCACUGAAUGAGAGCGAUGACAGAAAGCACGAGAACCUGAGCAGAAUGAUCUAUGAGAACGAGAAAGAACUCAAGGAGAGUGAAGAGGAACCCCCGCCAAUGAUGGAGAGAAUACGAACUAUGAGUCAGGCCAGUGAUCACUCAGAUGUGGUCCAUAGGAAAGUGGUGGGUGAGACACCACACACCCAACAUCAGAGGGCAGUGUCCCCUGCCCCUAGUCGUGAUGUUUUCACCCCAACAGCAGAUGAAGAACUUCACCAAUUACUGUCCCGGGAGGACACUAGGAGUGAAGCUGCCACACCUGAAGCCAGACCAACAUCUGUCCAACAUAGAGAAUCAGCAACACCCAAAGACCAAGGUACACCUAAAGGAUCUGAGAAGUCAAAGGUCACCACAGAGGAGAGUGGUGAUGAAGAUAGUGACAAGGAGUAUUCCACAGUGACUGAUGGAAAGACUCCAGAGACAGAACGACCAACUAGUGUGGUCAAGUUUGCUUCAGAGUUACAGGUUGAAGAAAUUCCCGGUCGUUCCACAUUAACUCCAUCUAAAUCUGCCAUGGAGGACAUGCGUAUGUCAACUCGUCUGAGUAGCAUGGCGGGAGGGCGUGUGUCAACAGAUGUUAGAGCUUUCAGUCGUGAUGCCAUCAAGGAAAGAGAGAAAAUUAACACCGAAGCAUUAAAGAGUUAUGCUGGACUGGACAUGCGAUAUUAUGACAUGAUUGAAGAUUUAAUCCAAGUAGACAAUACAUACGAGUUGAUGACUGGUCGAAGACACACUAUACAUGAGGUUGAACAAGCCAAAAAGCCUGCACUGAUUCAGUCCCCCUCUGCUGCACUCAUCGCUCAAACAGAUGAGACUAUACCAGCUGAGGAUGAGGAAAAUGAUGUGAAAUCCUCGGUCAUCAUAACAGUGACCGCUGAGGAAGACAAAAACGGUGACACUGGUUAAUUUUUAAAACUCUGAUCUAAACACUUUGUGAUUCUAAUUUGUGUUUGACAAUACUUGAACUUGUGAAUUAAUGUUUAAGUGCAUUAUUGUCUGAACUAGUAUUAUCAUGAUAGGAUUGUUGUAUUUUUUCCGUGGUUGUGAGGAACUUAAAACAUCUGUGAUACUGUUCAUUUUUCUGUUAUUUUCAAGAUGUAUUGGAUAUAAAUAUCAACAAGUGUU